AUGGAACAAUAAUCACCUAAGUUAAUUAAAUUGAGAUCCAGUUUCAAUAAAAAUGAGGUUGAUCCUAAGACUUUAAAGCAAUAUAAUGACUUGAGAAAUCUUCUUUCAAUUUAGAAAAAUCCAUAAUUUGAAGAUGAACUGAGUAAUCUGACUAUGCACUAAUAAAAAAUUUUGAAUAGCUUAAGACGCCCUAAUUGGAUUGAAAAGUUAUAGAAUUCAAGUGAUUCAAAGUAAAAUAGGAGAAAAAAUCUUUCAAAUCUUACCCCUAUAGCUAAGGAUUUUACAUCAAGAAAUAAUGAUCCUGAAUCUAACCUUGUUACUUAAAGAAAAACAUUUGACAGGUCUAAUAUGAGUGUUUUGAACUAGACAAUGGACUAUAAUUCAAUAAUUGAGCCAUAUUUUUCAUUAAGAAAGAAUUCUCAUAAAUAACCAUAGAUCCUUAAGGGUAAUAAUUUUGACUAAGCCUAUAUGAAUAAAGAGUCAAAACUUAUACAGAUGAAAUAAUAAAUAGAGGAGUUAAAGCUCGAAAAUGAUCAAAUAAAAAAUCUAAAUGCUAGACUAGUGGAAAGGAUUGACUACCUUUAAAACAUUAUUGACAAAGAAGCUGACGGGACUGAGUUUUAUUAUAAUUAUCCACCAAAGCCAGACGAGCAAUUACUAAAUGAUGUCAGGUAGAUGAAAGACAGAAGUACUCUCGAAUAAAACAAUCAAACUUAACCAGAGAAGAAACAAAAUGAACAGAUAGCCAAAAUAAGAAAACUAUAUGAUGACAAGAUAGAACGAGAUAAGAGAUUGGCAGAGAGAUCUUAUAACGAAAUGUAGAGAAGUUUCACUUUAGAAAUUGAUUAACUCUAAGAAAUUCUCUCCUAGCAAUGUAAAGCGCAUAUUCAAUUAUCUAAUCAGCAUGAUAAUGUCGUUAGCAAAUUUAACAACUAUUAUACCGAAUGUGACAAGUACAUAGCUGACAGAGAACUUAGACUAAAGCAACUGAAACAAGAUAAUAACGAUUUAUAACAAAAUUUGGAUCAAACAACUAAUUUAUUUAAUAGGGAAAAGAUGGAGCAUGAAGCUCUGAAGUAAACACACAGUUAGUACUUGGAAUAGUAUAAUGUGAUGAAAGAUGAAAAUGUAAAAUUGAGAAAAGAAGUCAUGAUGUACGAAGAAAAGUACAAGUUUAUUGAUAUUGGAAAAUUACAUGAGAAAAUAUAACUGCUAACGACGUAAUUGGACUAGAGUGAGAAAUAAAGGAAAAGAGUUUAGUAUGAAUUAUUCGAUCUCAGGGAUAAGAUAUUCAAAGCUACUUCUAAAAGAAUUUCACCCAGAUCGAAAGAUUUCUCAGACACAAAAACAUAAUUAGGAUUCGGCACCUCUCCUGGAAAAGAAAAUGCUGAUCAUGAUAAGUAGUGGAAAGGAGAAGAUUAAGUUGAAGAGACAGCUCAGGCGAUGCUGGAAUAUAUUCAUAAUGAGAUCUCAGGAUAGUUUCCAAAAGGCAAUUAACUUAAUCAGUGGACUAAUUACAUUAAUACGUAGCCAGGAUUAGUUGAUGAAAUUUGA